UUAUCUUCGUUUUGAUUCCGCUGCAUGCAAUCACAAGUUAUUGUUCAUCAUCAUCACCCAGCUUCUGAAAGAACUCAACUAACAUUGGCCAGACGCUGUACAGAUAUUGGGAUAUGGAAUAACAGACAUUUAAAACGCUUAAGGUGCUACGUUAGUUUAUAUUUUAUCAUGUCGCUUAAACCAAAACCAAUCAAUUUUACUGAAAAAUGGAACACUCUUCAAGAGACCGUGAAAGGUGUUAUAACUUUAGAUCGAGUACCGAGAGAUGCAUGGAAUGAACGCUUUAACGAUGUUUAUUCUAUGUGUGUGGCAUUCCCCGAGCCCCUCGGAGAUCAGCUUUAUGAAUCUACAAAGUUAUUCCUCGAAGACCACGUUCUCGAACUGCUGUCCAUUAUUCAAAGCGGAGGCACUGCCAACCUUUUACAAAAUUAUUAUAUGUAUUGGCAAAAGUACAGCAAAGGUGUCAAGUAUCUCCAUUCACUCUACCAGUAUCUGAACAACCAGCAUAUCAGAAAGCACAAAUUAUCCGAGGCAGAAGUUUUAUAUGGAAACAUUACUCCAGACGCAACUGAACAAAUGGAAGUCGGAGAGUUGGGACUUGACGUAUGGAAGCAUAAUAUGAUUGUGCCGCUCAAAGAGAGUAUGCUCGGGUUAUUACUUGAUGAAUUCGACAAACAAAGACAGAAUAUUUCUACGACUACUUCCUUAGAUAUAAUUGCUGGUGUAAUCGAUUCAUUUGUGGUCGUUCAAGAAUUCAGAAAGAAAUAUCCACUAGAGCUGUAUCAAAGCUAUUUUGAAAGACCUUUUUUGGAACAAAGCAGUGAGCACUUCAAACGCGAAGCGGCUCGCCUGCUUCAAGAAUGUUCUGUCUCGGAAUACAUGGUGAAGGUUUUGCAAAUCCUCAAAGAAGAAGGAAUCAGAUCAAAAAAAUAUCUUCACGACAGCACUUACAUAAAAGUUCGUGAACGAUGUCGUCAGCAUAUGGUUGGUGAUCAUUUAGAAUUUUUACAUAGUGAAUGCGAAUCUAUGGUCAAAGAAGAACGCCGUGAAGAUAUGCAUAAUAUUUACUUACUUUUACGUGAAGUCAAGGACGGAAUGAAUUCGUUGGUGGAUAUUUUCCGAGAACAUAUUAAACAACAUGGAAUUAAAGUUAUCGAGAUGUUGAAACAAGAACAAAUUUACGUGCACUUUGUGGAAGAAGUUUUGGCUGUCCACAAAAAGUAUAAAUCCAUGGUAGUCGAUGUAUUUGAAAAUGAUUUAUCUUUUAGUGGAGCCUUGGAUAAGGCUUUUACUGUAAUUAUUAACUAUAAGCAAGCAAAGAAUCAGCCUUCUAAAUCUCCUGAAUAUUUGUCGAAAUACUGUGACAAUUUGUUAAAAAAAUCAUCCAAAGGCAUGUCUGAAACAGAAAUUGAUGAUAAACUGUCACAGUCAAUUACUAUAUUCAAAUAUAUCGACGACAAAGAUGUUUUUCAACGAUUUUACCAAAGACAUCUUGCUAAACGUUUAAUUCACCAGCAAAGUCAGUCCAUGGAUGGCGAAGAAGGAAUGAUUAAUAAACUGAAACAAGCAUGUGGUUACGAAUUCACAAAUAAAUUGCAUAGAAUGUUCACUGACAUCAGAGUGUCGGAAGGAUUAAAUACAAAAUUCCAGAAUGAAUUUUUACCGGCUUCUGGAGGAGAAUUAAAUGUUUCUUUCUCUAUGUAUGUUUUACAAACCGGAGCUUGGCCUCUUGGAGCAUCUUCUGUGUCGUCAUUUGUCAUUCCCGAACAACUAAUACCUUGUAUGCAAUAUUUUGAAGAAUUUUACAAAAAAAAAUUUAAUGGUCGAAAAUUAACUUGGCUUCAUCACCACUGUCAAGGUGAGUUGAAGUUGAACUAUUCACAAAAAGUGUAUUUGGUCACUAUGCAAACAUUUCAGAUGGCUAUCAUGUUAUUGUUUGAAAACCUAGACUCGUUAAAAUACUCAGAAAUACAAGAGUUGCUCCAACUCUCGAAUGACCAAUUUCAAAAACACAUCAACAGUCUUGUAGAGUGUAAGCUCUUAUUGCUCGAUGGUGAUACUGUGUCAUUAAAUACGUCAUACUCAAAUAAGCGUACAAAAUUACGUAUAACUGCCGCUCUUCAAAAAGACACACCUCAAGAAAUUGAGCAAACGGUCAAUUCUGUUGAAGACGAUAGGAAAACAUACCUGCAAGCAGCUAUUGUACGAAUUAUGAAGGCACGUAAAGUACUAAGACACAAUCAACUAGUAAAUGAAAUAUUAUCUCAAUCAACAUCGUUCGCACCUUCUAUUGCAUUAAUAAAAAAAUCCAUUGAGACAUUAAUUGAUAAAGGUUACCUGGAGCGUACGCCAAACUCAUCUGAUGGAUAUAGUUAUGUUGCGUAGUAAAUUAAUAAUUAUGUAUUUUUUUUUUUUUUAUAAGUCAAUUUCUUCUGCUGUUCAAUAAACCAAAACCGGUUUUUUUUGUACAUAAUAAUUAGUACUCUAAAUUAUGUUAUAAAUUUUUGUUAUAUACUGUGUAACUAUAAUCUAUAAAUUGAAUAGGUAAUUUAGUAUUUACAUUUUUUUUUUUUUUUUUUAAAUAACGGUGCAAAUACUAUAAUUACAUAUAUAUUGUUAUCCUAACGCCAU